CGAUUUAAUUUUGUCUUUGGAAAUUCAGAUUUGCCCACAGAUAUGUAUAAUAACAUAUUAUUAUAGUUACAGUUAUUAUACAUAUCUGUGGAUUUGCCCUAUCGCAGAGCGUUAUAUUCGAGAUAACAAUACAUUGCCGGCGAACUUCUUCGCCCGCACAUGGCAAACGCUUUUCAGAAUUCAGAUAAUCAGAUUGACUUAAGAGUUAUUGUUAUUGUUCAGGGUUGUGUAUAAAAUUGAUUGUCGCCGUCAUAUUGUGCGUUGUCGUUGUGCGGUUGUUGUAUUAUCAACCAUAGACCUAUUAACUAACUAGUUAAUAGGUCUAUGUUAUCAACAGUACUAUAAACAGAGUUUAGCCGAAAUCGUUCUAUUUUUAUACUAUUUGCAAUGUAUUAUAAAUUAUUGCUUAUGGACAGGUUGUAGUUUGUUAUCACUAAGGUAUAAUGGUUCAUCUAUCUUUCGUUUACUUUGAAGUUUGAAACUUUGAACGGUUUCAUAUUUGUACGGUUAAUAGUUGUGAGUAACAUUAUGACAUUUUAGCUCUUCAAGUUAAAUAAUGUAAUUUCAUGAUCGUUGUUUUAUGACUUAUCUAUCGUAAUUGGCUAUAAUAUUCACCUAACAUCAUGAAUCGUACUAAUAAGAUGCUUUGCUGUUCCCACUGCAAAACUAAUUAUCAAAUUGGAGAUGUAUAUGGACCCAAGAAUCCAAUGUUGUUAGUUUGUGGACAUGAUAUGUGUAGACAUUGUAUUAAGUACUUGUACAAGAAGAAUAAACAAGUUAUUUGUAAAGUUUGUCAAGCUGAUUGCAUGAUUAAAUGUGAUGAUGAAAUAUCAAACAUACCAAUACACUACUUUAUAGUUGGUAAAGUAUGGUAUUCAACAUACAAAAGACAGCGUAAAAUAUAUCAAGAUAUUUCUAAUAUUAGGAUGACAACAUUUCCUUCAAAGUCUUCAAUCAAAACUAAAGAAAAUUGUCAAAAUUGUCAAAAUUGUCAAAAAUAUGCAGCUAUCUUUUGUGAACAAUGUGAUGAGGCGUAUUGUGCAGAUUGUUCUCAAGAGAUUCAUAUGGAAAAUCAUAUAAUGUCACAACAUGAUUUAAACAAACUUGAUAUUUCACACCUUGAAUUACUUCAAGCAUCCAAGUGUGAUCUUCAUUUGAAAAUAAAUGAUUUUAUUUGUAUAACGUGUGAAACAGAAUUGUGCCCAGUGUGUGCUGUUGAAAAUCACAGACAUCAUGAUGUUCAUCAUUUGGAAAAAUAUAAUAUUAGUCAAGCACAACGUUUAAAUGAAUAUUCAUUAAAAGGAGACAUUUUACUUAACAGAUUGAAACAUUAUAGAGAUAAGUUCAAUGAAAAGGUGCAAAAACAUCGAUGUUCUAAUUUUAAGAAAAAUAAAAAUGAACAGAAUAAAAAAGAUAUAUCAACAUACGUGUCUUCUGUAAUUGGAACUUUACAGUGUUUGGAACAACGGUUUUUUUCGAUGAUUGAUCAAGCCGAACAGUCUUCCUCUAAAUCUAUGACCCAUGUGGUUGGCCAACUAAACAGUUUCGUAGACGAUCUACAAAGCAAAUUAAAUCUCUUAAACGUGCUGUUGAAGACCAAUAAUUAUUCGUCCAUCGCGAUGCUGGAUCAUAUUGCCGGCAUUGAACGCAUGCUGGACACGACUUAUUACUUGGCGAAGAAGAACAAAGCCAAAUCGUCGAUCACAUUCGAUGAAAAUAUUUACGCCACCGUUCAGCGUUCCGUGCUUUUCGAUAUCGACACAUCCGAUCGUUACGUACUGGGAUGUUCACCCGACCUUCUGCCCGAAUACACCUUGAGCGCUACGAUCGGACUGAACUCGGAUGACAACAACGGUAAGAGAAAUUCUACGUUAUCACUUUUGUGUCAACAAAUCAAUCAUGGGUAGACAUUUAAUCUAAUGUCAGGGACACCCUUUCAUCUAGAAGACAUUA